AUGGCGGCUCGGACAAUAUCCAUUCUCAAGUUCGUGGGGACUGUCAGUCUCGGCAUCUCGACUGGCAUAUCCGCGACCCUCUCCACCAUCGCCCUCCCCUCCCUCCUCGCCCUCCCCACCGCCAUAAACGCCCGCACAACCUACACCUACCUCUCGACCAAGUCCCAAUACUACACCGCCUACCUGCGCCACAUCACCACCUUCACGCUCUUCUCCGCAUACCUGCUCUCACCACGCCGCUUCCGCCACCCAUAUCUGCUGUACACGUCUAUCCUAAGCUUCGUGUCUGGGCCGGGCAUUGACUAUUUCGCUGCCGAGCAGAGGAGCAUGAUGGAGUUGGAGGCCCAGGGGGAUGAGGUUAAUGGCGAGCAGGUGAGAGAGGCGGUGGAGAGGAAGAAGGUGGUAGAAAGUGGCAAGGCGGUCCUUGCGGGGGCGGCGUUUGCGAUGGGGGUUGUUGGGCUUUGGGGGGACGGCGCGUAAGAGACGGACAUGGUCCUUCGCGCCCAGUAUCAUCGGUUGCUUUGGCAUGGCGGCGGCGACUUCACGACACGGGUAUUCUCUACUUCCUACGCUCUUCGCCAAUUUGGCAUCCUGUAUGGACCGUUACCUCACUCUUCGAUUUUUGUAUACGACGAUAUCACCAAUUCAGCUUCUUUUGUUCCAACA